UGUGUGUGAUUCGCCAUAAGCAGCUAUCGCUGGCGGGCGGGAACUAUAGUGUGCGUGUGAGAGCGCGUGUCCGUGUGUUCGGGUGACGGCGGCGUGCGAGUGCGUGCGCGUACGCGACCCAAAGGAACCAACCGGCGGCCCCAGUCGACGGGAUCACACGAACGCCUGUCGCCCGCUCACUAGUGCACACAACUCCGUGACGGUUCCGUGCUGUUAAAAUUGGGUCGGUCGGCGGAAAUACGUUUGGUAAUCGAAUCGGCGCCGUCAGCGAAAUCAUUGUAAUACAGACGAAGUACGCGCACAGUCCAUCGGUGUAAACGAUCCAAUCAAAUCGUCCGUUAAAUGGCUUUUCUGAAAAUAUCCACAUCCCGUAAGUGCAGUCAAUUACUAUUGCAAGAGCCGCUCAGAAACGAAGUGUACGCUCGGUUCGUUCGGUCGCUGACCACAUCCACCGCCAAUGGACCCGCAGAACAGCACCAACAGCGCAGGAACAGCAGCGCGGUGUCCGGCCAGGCGGCUUGCGCCGUCGACGCGAAACCCAAAUGGGAUCAACUGGACACGUCGUUCGCCAACCCAGAGGCCACGUUUAAGAGCAAGACCACCUGGGAGAUAUUUAGAGCUUACAUAGUGUACCAGCUAUGCUCGUCCAGUUACCUCGUCGAGAACAACAUGCAGCUCAUGAAACUUUGCAAAGCUGUUUUUGGUGAAAAAUUAUUUACCCUAAUGAUGAAAAUGACAUUUUAUGGUCAUUUUGUUGCGGGAGAAGAUCAAUAUCGUAUUGUUCCUACAUUGAAACGCUUAAGGUCUUUUGGUGUUAAACCAAUAUUAGACUAUUCUGUUGAAGAAGAUAUUAGUCAAGAAGAGGCAGAAAAACGAGAAGUUGAAUCAAGCAUGUCAGAAAUCGAAAAAAGAGACCAAGAUGCUGCUCAAAAAGAAGGUUCUGUUACAGCGGAAACAGUUGGAGGUUCUUUACCACAGUACCAUGUGGAUAAACAAUUUGCAGACAGAAGGUACAAGGUACAGAGUGCUCGAACCUAUUUCUACCUUAAUGAAGCUACUUGUGAACGUAACAUGGAAGUAUUCCAAAACUGCCUACAUGCAGUAGCCGGUGCUACAUAUGGAACAGGAAUUACAGCAAUCAAAUUAACUGCUCUUGGACGUCCUCAACUUUUGUUACAAUUGUCAGAAGUAAUUAUGAGAGCUCGUACAUUAGCUAGUGAAAUUAUGGGUGGCAAAGGUAAUGUAAUUGGUCAGCAUCUCACUCUUGAGGAAUUAGAUAAACGUUUGUUUGAAGCUGGAAUCAAGGAUACAAAAAAAUUUUUGGAAAAAGUCACCAAAGACAGUCAAGGUGUUAUUCAUUUAUUCCCAUGGAGUGGUUUGUUAGAUGAAAAUUCUGAAUUAAGUGAUUCGUUUCGUGUCCCUUGCUUGAAAGAAGGUCGUAUGGUCAGAUUAUUAUCUCAAUUAUCUAAAAAAGAAGAGGAAAUGUUUCGUAAUAUGGUUCAUCGACUUAACACAUUAGUUCAAACUGCUAAAGACCUAGACGUCCGUAUAAUGAUUGAUGCUGAACAAACAUAUUUUCAACCAGCUAUAUCUAGAUUGACUCUAGAAUUGAUGCAAAAGUAUAAUACAGAAAAAGCUAUUGUAUUUAACACAUACCAAUGUUACCUAAAAGAAACACUUAAUGAAGUCAAGACUGAUUUAAAUCAAGCUAAGAGACAAAAAUUCUAUUUUGGAGCUAAACUUGUGAGGGGUGCUUACAUUGAUCAGGAGAGGGCAAGAGCUGCAGCGUUGGGCUAUGCUGAUCCAACCAAUCCAUCUUAUGAAGCCACCACAGAAACUUAUCAUCAAACACUGACUGAGUGUUUAACACGCAUUAAGCAACUGAAAGAUCAGGGUGAUGUUUGCAGCAAGAUUGGUAUAAUGGUUGCAUCACAUAACGAAGAUACCGUACGUUUCGCAUUAUCACAAAUGAAAGAAAUUGGAAUCUCUCCUGAAGACAAAGUAAUCUGCUUCGGACAGCUGCUUGGCAUGUGUGACUUCAUCACAUUUCCCUUGGGCCAAGCAGGAUAUUCAGCGUACAAGUAUAUACCAUAUGGCCCAGUCAACGAAGUGCUACCAUACCUGUCUCGUCGAGCUAUGGAGAACAAGGGUGUGUUAAAGAAGUUGGCCAAGGAAAAAACAUUACUGAGAAAAGAACUUAUCAGACGCAUAUUGCGUGGGCAGUUUUUCUACAAACCUAAUGGCAAUUAUACGCCAGUUUAAGAACGAAAUAUAAGCCUUAAUAUCAUAUAGUAAGCGCAAGUCUCUCUAAUGGUAUGCCGAUUAGUCUUAUAUUAUUACUAUCUCCCUCUAAUAUAAACUUAACCUAAUUAUAUGACCGAUUAGAUCUGAAUAGACAGUACUUUUCAGUAUUACAAGCAAUAAUAGUUUGAUUUAUAUUUCAGAAUCUCAUCUUACCUAAACACGUAAACUUGUACUUAAAAAUGAUGGAAAAAUAUGUUUUUAUAAUUCCAUUUUUAUUCUUUUCGUCCUUAAUGAAACUUAAAAAUAAACUACCAAUAUGUUGAUAUAAUUUAUUAAUCGGUUUACAUUGAACUGCGCUUUUAAAUUUAUGCCGGCCUUUAUUCGUAGAAAACAGUUUAUUACUGUUUAUAAAUAAAUUGUUAAAGUAAAUAUAUACAUAAAAAAUAGUUCGUUUCACAUUUUUGUAAAAAAAAAAAAAAAAUGUUAUGUUAUUUUAUUUUAUACAAAACAUUUAGUUCUACGCUAAUAAUAUUGAGCUACUGAAAUAUAAAGCCAUAAUGAGUUGUGCCUAUAUAAGUGAUAAUAUGUUUUGUUAAAUAUUAAUAUUUAUAGAAAAUAUUGUUGUCUUUUUUCAGCUGUAGUAAUAAUCAUUAACUAUAAAAAAAAAAUAUGAAUAAGAAUAUUUAAAAUAAGACUAUAAAUGGUUAUAAAUUUGAUAUAAUUUUUUCUUAUUAGUACAAAGAUUAUCCAUCAUAAAUAAAAAUAAUAUUUUGUCACAAUAUUAAAAUUUAAUACAAAUAAUAUGUUAGCGUUAUAAUAGGUUGUCAUAUUAAGUGUAAAAUACUUGAAAAAUUAAAAUGUACUGGUUGAACAAGCUCAUAUAUUUAUCACUUUUUCACAUACAAUUAUCAAAAUAUUAAUUAAGAUUGAUAUAAAUAAUAUUUAUAUUAUUUAUAAUAUUAUAUUAUAAUUCUAUGGAUAAUAGGUUUGAUUUAUUUAUCAUUUAAAAUUUCAUAACAAUUUCUAAUGCUAUAUUUACCUAUCCAGUUAUUACUAUAUUAAAAUGCAUUAUACUGAUAGAAGAAAAUGUAGGUUUGUCACUUUUUUAGCUCUAAGUUUAAUAAGAUAUUAGGUUUUGUUUUACUUUUUAAGAUAACAGCAAUGUGAUACUAAAUUUAAAAGCAAACAAAAAAAAAAUUAUUUCAACUGAAAUUAUAGUUUUCUCCUACUGUUAAAAAAUAAUUUCUACUUCAAGUACUCUCCAUACUAAAUUUAUGAUCUUGUUGAAGGUACAUACAACUUUUUGAGCUUUUAUUCAACUAAUUUAUUAGUUAUUACUUAUUUUAAUGUAUUAUGUAAAAUAAUAAUACAAGUAAAUAACUAACACUAUUUAUAUUGAUAAGUUAUGAAUGAAUCAUAGGUAUUUUUAGAUCUGGAGGAAGUCAUUGAAUGAUUCAUAUAUUUAGGGUUGUUGGUUUAAAAUGGUAAAUUGAGUGAAAUUACCAGUAUAUCAGUAUGUGAGGAGAGCAAGCUUAUUGCCUUGUCUUUUUGAAAGUAUUAAGUAAUUAUAUUACGCAUAGCUAAUACUUGUGAUUUAUGAGGGUAGUUGAUAUUGGUUUUCAGAUAGAUUCUACUUAACUGCCAAUUGUUGCAGUAAACAAUGUAAUAGAUGUACAGAUGUUGGUUAGUAUUAUGGUUAUUUAUUAAAAAGUUCAUAGAUAACAUAUUAUACAAAUAUGAAUUGAUUAUUAAUUUUUUAUUCUAUACAAUUGGAAAUUGUUUUAUUCAUUAUGAUAUUACAAUUUUAUGUUAAAAAUAUAAUACUAAUUAUAAUGAAAUACGAAAAAUGUUUUUCUUCAAUACAUUGUUCAAGACAAUAAUUUUUUUUUAAGUUUUUAUUUAUCACAAUAUUUAGCUAUCAAAUGGAUUUGUAAUACAGUUUGACAGAACAUGGUCUGGACUGUGCCUAACACCUUAAAUAAAUUUAUUGAAAACAAUAAGGUGUUUUUAUUUUUUUCAGCAUAAUAAAAAUAAAUAUAGAGGUGUCUAAUCCAAAUUGAUUAAGUUUGGAUUUUACAGUAUUUACUGUUUUAACGAUUUAAACAUUGUAAACUAAUUAAAUCAAUGUAUUAUUAAUCAUAUUAAUGACACUCAGCUUCAGUACUAAAGUGUAGUAUUAAUUUAUUUAGGAUAAAUAAAAAUUAAGCAAGUUCUGGUUUAAAGAGACUACUGUAACCAAUGUAACUUGCAUCAAAUUAAAUAAACCUUUUAACUCAUCAA